AAAUACUGGUAAACGUUGCCCUAGUUUCUUUAAGACCUUGAAAAGCACGAAUAAUCUUGUACGCAGAACCAAGCGGCGGUGCACGGUUUCCUUACAGGCGUCGUCCAUCUAUAAAUAAGCAGCACGUUCUGGCGCAGUUUGACACCUGUCUUUUACAAUCAUCUUCCCAAACGUCAACAACGUGGAAAGACGUGCAGACACUUCGCAGCCUGCUGAAAUCUAUAAGCUUGAGAGCGACUGACCUGACCAGCCUCCAGCGAGCAAACAAGAAAUGUGUGCAUGAAUCUGGGCAGACUGGUGAGCACAUCGAAGAUUUGUAAACACGGAGCCCGUCUAAACACAAGUGCAGGGUCCUUUUCUGGAUGAGUGACUGACUGUCUGACAGUAUUGGUAAUCUGUGAAGGGCAUACAUGGCCCACCGUGUUCACGACCACCAGAGCCGUCUGCCAGUGGCCCAGGCCACAGUGCUGGCUCUGCCACCCUCCAGCCAGGCAAAGGACUUGAGGCCCAGAUGGACUGCACUGGACACACUGCUGUGCGGUGCGUUUGCUGGCGCUGUUGCCAAAACAGUCAUUGCACCACUGGAUCGCACCAAGAUCAUUUUUCAAGUGUCCUCAAACAGAUUCUCAGCUAAGGAGGCCUUCAGGCUCAUCUACUGUACGUACAUGAAGGAUGGGCUGCUCAGUCUGUGGAGGGGCAACUCUGCUACCAUGGUAAGGGUCAUGCCCUACGCUGCCAUCCAGUUCUGCUCUCAUGACCAGUACAAGAAACUCCUGGGGAGCUACUUUGGUUUUCAGGGAAAAGCUCUUCCUCCUUUCCCACGUUUCCUGGCUGGCUCGCUGGCUGGAACCACUGCUGCUAUGCUUACCUACCCUUUGGAUAUGGUGCGAGCCCGGAUGGCAGUCACAGCCAGAGAAAUGUAUAGCAACAUCAUGCAUGUCUUUGUGCGGAUCUCCCAAGAGGAAGGUGUGAAGACCCUUUACAGAGGUUUCACCCCCACUAUCCUGGGUGUCAUCCCAUACGCAGGGAUCACAUUCUUCACAUACGAGACCCUCAAAAAACUACACACAGAAAAGACAAAAAGAGCCCAACCAUAUCCCUAUGAGCGCUUGGCCUUUGGUGCCUGUGCAGGCCUGAUUGGGCAGUCUGCUUCAUACCCUCUGGACGUGGUUCGUCGUCGCAUGCAGACAGCCGGCGUUACCGGCUCGUCCUACAGCACAAUUAUGGGGACUAUUCGUGUGAUCGUAACACAGGAAGGAGUUGUACAUGGACUAUACAAAGGCCUGAGCAUGAACUGGCUUAAAGGACCCAUUGCUGUGGGGAUUAGCUUCACCACAUUUGACCUCAUGCACAACCUCUUGCUCAAAAUGCAUCAAAUGGGCUACUUCACAGUCUGAAUGAGAGGAGGGGAAAAGGAGGGGCAACAAGAAAGCACAAAAUGAGACAUGGCAUGAGAGAGGUGGUCAUGUCUGUCAUAUGGCAACAAUAAGUCUCUGCACUUAAUCACACUUCGGGGCCGUCCAGCUGCGCACUCCUGUUCCAUUCAGACAGGAUGUGAGGGUGAGGGUGAGAGUGGACAGAGGGACACGAAAACUGAGCGUCCUAAACUUGGUUAAUGCACAGUAAGGAUUCACUGGAAGGUGUAUUGGGAGAGAAACAUCUCUUUAAAUUGUAUAUAUCACAGCUUUGCUUUAAGUAAUGAUACCAUCAGGGUGACUUAAGUGAUUACGAGUGGGGAUGUGUGGAUACAGACUGGCUUGUUAUGUCAGGUGGAUGUGGAAGGUUUUGUUUGUGUUGUGUUAAUAAUAUAACGCUUGCACUUUAUCAGAUUGACAAUGUCCUUUCAACUUAAUCCUGUAAUCAACAGACAGAACUUUGUUCAUAAUAAGUUUUAUUGUUUUUAUCUUCAUUUUAAUCACUUUGUUUCUCAAUUUGAGUUCAAAUAGCCUGAUCGUGCAGGGAUACAUGUUUUGU